UUUAUUUAGGUGUUACACUCUAAAACAUCUUGGGUUAUUUUCAACUCAGCAUUGGGUCAAAAAGACACAAGCCCAGCAGCUAGGUUACAGUUGACUUUAAAUUGUUAUAUAUUUGACCCAAUAAUAGGUUCAAAUAACCCAGAAUUUUGGGUUGAAAUAACCCAGCAUGGGUGAAAUUCCCUUUUUGACCCAAUGCCGGGUCAUUUGGAAAAUAAACUUUGAUGCUCCUCAUCUCAGACUUUAGCCUGGAUUUCAUAGAUAGGGUCACAUUUGCAUUUCAAGUGAAAAUGCUAAACUAAUAAUGAAAAAGUACAAAAAUUUAAACCAACAAAAGUUAUACUGUACAUAAUAACAUGCAAGUAUAUGUGUUUUAAAGGUUAAACAAUCCCAUCCUCAAGACAUAAGCUCCAUGUCUUCAAAUCAAAUGGGAACCAUUCUGACUUUCGUGGAGCCAGUGGUGGUCAUUAAUAAACUGGGGACCUCUUUUUUCGAGAUGGCCUUUACACAGACCAUAUACAACCACUCGCUGAAGACAACAGAUGGAGACAGCGAUCGUGCACAGAUGUUAUCCUCACGCUUCCUUCUUAUUCAAAGUUUAGUGUCCUCUGUGGCUGCCAUGCUGUCCAUCAUACCCCUGAGCCGUAUCGCUGACCGUCACGGGCCUAAAUUCUUCCUGGUCGCCUCUCAGAUAGGAUCUGUUUUGGGCAUGUUUAUGCUUCUCAUCUUCAUGUACAGCGAGGUUCCUCUGGAGUUUCUUUAUUUGGGUUCAUUGUUGCACGGUUUGAGUGGAGGUGGACCGAUGUUCUGGGCCGGGGUGGCUGCGCUGGCGGCCUUGAGUUCGGAGCAGGGCAAACGCACUCUUAAACUGAACAUCGUGGACUUUUGUUUUGGAGUUGCAGGGGUUGUGGGUGGUCUCCUGUCUGGGUAUCUGUAUCAGAUAGGACCCUCAGUUCUCCUCUCUAUAGCGAUUCUGCUCAGUGUGGUGGCAGUGCUUUACUCCGUGUUUCUCCUCUCUGAUGUGAGAUCUUCUGAGUCUGAGAGUGAGCCGUUGAUGUCUCAGUUUGAGAGCGUGAACCGGAUGGACAAAAUCUCUGUAGGUAUGCUGAUGGUGGCCAUGAUGGUCUUUAUGGUAGGCAUGAUCGGAGCGGAGAAUGUACUCCAGCUGUAUGUGCUAAAGCCUCCUCUCAGCUGGGAUUCGGUGUGGGCAGGAUAUGGCCGUGCUGCCACCAGUGCCAUGUACCUCAGCAGCUUCCUAGGGGUCCUGGUUCUGUUUAAUGUGUUAGGGGACACAGCGCUCACUCUUUUGGGUAUUGUGUCCAACUGUACUGGGAUGGCUAUCAUGGCAUUUGCCACUGAUAGUUGGGUUUACUUCCUGGCCAGAGGAAUCAUGAUGUUAGCCUGUGUUCCCAUGCCAACACUGCGAGCAAUGCUGUCCAAGAAUCUGCAUCCUCAGCAAUACGGCCGAGUCUUUGGGCUGCUCCAGCUGGUUCUGGCUGUGACUGAACUUCUGUCUAAUGUCUUUUUCACCUCCAUCUACCCGCUGACUCUCGACUGGUUUGCUGGAUUGUGCUUCCUUCUCUCCGGUGGCAUUAGUUACAUAAGUGCUGGCCCAAUCCUGUGA